UCCCUGUCAGCGAUAACUAUCCAGAAAUUGGACAAUCGAUAACCGGCCGUUGCGUUGCACGUGCGCUAGUUUUUAAAGAAAUAAACAAUAUUACUUAGUACGAUUAAGAAGAAAACUAAGCAAAUAUGGCCGAGUUCAUAGCUGAGAUGCAGGAGCGCCUGCUGCCGGAGUACGAGCAGAUGAAGAACUACAGCGUAUUCACGGCGGAUCAGGUCAGAGAAAUCGUUAGCAGGCGGGAACGCCUGUUCCUGAAGAUCAACAAGAGCCACCAGAGCAUCACCGACUACCUGGACUUCAUACUGUACGAGAAGCACAUGCACAUGACCAUCGUGGACAAGGAGAAGAAGAUGCACGUUAAACUGACCGGUCUGAAGGCCUCCAUAGCCACGCGGAUCAUGCGCCUGUACAGAGAGGCCCUGGCCAAGUUCAACCACGACAGACGGCUGUGGAGCAACUGGAUCAAGUUCAGCAAGAAGUCAAAUCCCGUCGAGGUGGCGGGCAUAUACGAGAAGAUGCUGCUGUACCAUGGCGACUCGCCGGAUCUUUGGGUGGACGCUGCCUUAUGGCUGUACGAGUUUAAUCGGCUCAACAUCGAUCGAGUCAAGGACAUCCUGCUGCGCGGUUUGCAGAGACAUCCGGAUUCCGAGGCACUUAACAAGUGCUUCUUUGACAUUAUGCUGAAAGAGGCUGCCCUGGCCAACAACGAACGCAAUCUAGCCGAGAACACGCUCUCGGAACAGGACAUCAAACUGGAACGCGUGGAGGCGGUCUACCGCAACAGCAUGGCCAAUAUUACCCAAUUGGACUACUUCGUUAAGCUUCUAGAAAGCUGUGAGGAUCAUCAGGAGCUGACGGGCAAGCUGCAGCGCAUGAUAAUCGAUGAUAUGCAGGAGAAGUUUCCGCGGGAGCCGGGCUUGUGGGAUUUGCUUGCCCAGCGAGAGCUGCGCGGCUUUCAUCUGGGCGACCUGGAGGAAGAGGACUUGGAUACCAGUGACGAAGAGCCGGCCAGCAAGAAAUCCCGCUCCGUAAAUGGCCGCUCUCUCAAGCGACGCAUUCAACUCUGCGUGACUGUAUACAAAUCGGCGGUGGAGGAGCUGCAAACGACAGAAAUGUGGAAUAUGUAUUUGGAUGCCAUGCUGGCCCUCAAUAGCGAUGGCAAGACGGAGCGUAUCCUAAAGCAACAGUGCCUAGCGGAUGCCCUGCAGGCCGGUCAUCGCUCUCAGUUGAUGGGCGUGAAACACUAUGCCACACUGAGAAAGAUGCUCUGCACUGCUCCGAGUGGAAGGGAGGCAGCUGUCACCAUACUCACGGAAGCCCUGAAGAACGAUUCUUCGGUGGAGAUGCACGAGCUUCUUCUGGCCACGCACAUUCAAAGCGACAGUGAGCCAUUGAUCUAUGAGCUAUUCAACAAGAUCCAGAAGAGCAUGGGCAGUGAGGCGUUGCCGCUGUGGCGCAGUGUCAUUCUGUAUUAUCGCACUCGGCAGGACAGCUUGGGCGCACGCCGGCUGGAUGAGAUCUACGGCCUGGCCUGCAAGGCUGCGUGGCCGGAGUUUGGCGAGCUGCGCUCCGAUUACUUGCGCUAUCUGUGGCAGGAGCGGUCCGUCGAGGAAGCACGGAAGGAGUACGCCAAGCUGGCCGUUCUACCGCCCAUGUCGCUGGCGCUGCACCGCCAAAUGGUUCAGCUGGAGUCCAGUGCGGCAGCUUGCGACCAGGCCAGCCUGAAAUACUGGCGCAUGUGCUACGACUUUAUGGCCUGCUACUUCGGCAAGACACAGCCGCGCGUUUGGGUGGAGUACCUCGCCUUCGAGCGGGAUCACGGCGAGGCGAAGAACAUCUCCCUGCUCACCCAGCGGGCCCUCAGCACCCUAGAGCCGCAAUAUGUCGCCGCGUUUGAGGCUGAGCGGGCACUGGCCUAUGUGGGCGCCUCGAUAUAGUUAAUUUCUGCUUCUGUUUUUUUUUUAACUUAAUUCCUAAGUCGAUCUUUCGGACUGUCUAUAGUGAUUCGAUUCUAAAAUAAGGACUUGUGAAUAUACAGCUUAUAAGAUAAUUUA